AUGCAGUCCGGAAUCUCUGUCACCCCCGAACUCCACGACGCCUUCACCACCUUCACCAGCGACUCCUCCCUCUUCUGUCUCCCCAUCACCAUCACCUCCGAAAGUCUAACGCCUCUCCCUGCAGUCCCCUCUUCAUCCUCAUUCAACGCUUCACUCUCGCAGCUCUCUACCAUCCUCAAACCCCAAACCCCGAUCUACCUACUCCUCCGCCGCGAUGACAGCUCCCUCGUCGCGCUGACCUACAUCCCCUCCAACGCACCCGUCCGCGCAAAGACCCUCUUCGCUUCGACGCGGGCCACGCUCGUCCGUGAAUUGGGCAGCGAGAAGUUCUCGACGACCAUCUUCGCUACCGAGGAAGAUGAAAUUGUCGGCGAGAAUGCCUGGAAAGAGCGGGAUGCGGAGAAGAGUGGGAAGACUGGCGGGAACGGGUUUAGCCGCGAGGAUCUGAUGGGUGAUAAGGAGAGGGAGUUGGAGUUGGUGCGGAGGGCUGAGGAGGAGGCGAGGAGUGGGACGUUGGGGAGGGAUAUUGGGAUUGGGGGGUCUGUGUCUGUGGGAGGUGGCAUCCCGAGUAGUAUGAGGGUUCAGAUGCCUGCGGAUGAGGACGCCAAGGCUGCGCUUACGGGGUUGCAGGCUGGCGGUCUUGUGCAGUUGGUGGUUGAUGUGAAAACCGAGACGCUCAAGCUGGCCGGUUCGGAAUCCGGCGUCGACCCCAAUUCUGUCCAGUCUCAUAUCUCGCCAUCUUCGCCUCAGUACACUUAUUAUCAUUACCCUGACUCGGAUGCGGUCAUCUUCAUCUAUACCUGUCCGUCCGGUUCGAAGAUCAAGGAACGCAUGUUGUUUGCCAGUUCCCGUAACAAUGCCCUCGCCAUUGCUGGCGAACAAGGACUGAAGAUCGCUAAAAAGAUCGAGGCGUUCGGUCCCGAUGAGAUCUCCGGAGAUCGACUGCGUGAGGAAGUUUUCCCGCCGCAGGACGAAGGACCGAAGCGCGGGUUCGCCAGACCUAAGAGACCCGGCAGGUAA